CUAGCCAGCAAAACAACCGUCCCACUUUCUUACCCUCCUCUGUGUCUUCUCCUUCUCCAGGACUUUAAAAUAACUUCUUGACCACUUCCACGACACAAUAAUGGACGAGACGAGUCCGCUUGUCUCUCCGCUCCGGGACUCGGGUGAUUUCGGCUACUGUCCCACAGAGCCCACCAGCCCGCGGGGCGCGUUUGGAAGCACGCCGGGCUCUGUGGUGCGCAUCCCGGCUGGCAGCCCGGGGCGCAGCCGGGAGAGACAGCCGCUGCUGGACCGUGACCGUGGAAAUUCACCGCGGGAGCCGCACAGGAACGAGUUCCCGGAGGAUCCCGAGUUCAGAGAGAUCAUCCGAAAGGCCGAGCGAGCCAUCGAGGAGGGGAUCUACCCGGAGAGGAUCUACCAGGGAUCCAGUGGGAGCUAUUUUGUCAAAGACUCACAGGGGAAGAUCAUCGGAGUGUUCAAACCUAAGAAUGAAGAGCCCUACGGCCAGCUGAACCCAAAGUGGACUAAGUGGCUCCAGAAACUGUGUUGUCCGUGCUGUUUUGGUCGUGACUGUUUGGUCCUGAAUCAGGGUUACCUCUCUGAGGCCGGGGCCAGCCUGGUUGAUCAGAAGCUGGAGCUCAACAUUGUUCCCAGGACCAAGGUGGUGUACCUGGCUAGUGAAACUUUCAACUACAGUGCCAUAGACAGGGUCAAGUCUAGAGGAAAAAGACUAGCCCUAGAGAAGGUGCCUAAAGUUGGCCAGCGCUUCCACAGGAUCGGACUGCCGCCCAAAGUCGGUUCCUUCCAGCUCUUUGUUGAUGGGUACAAAGAUGCAGAUUUCUGGCUGCGGAGGUUUGAAGCAGAGCCUCUGCCUGAAAACACCAACCGUCAGCUCCAGCUGCAGUUCGAGCGGCUUGUAGUCCUCGAUUACAUCAUCAGGAACACAGGCAUAGGAAAUGACAACUGGCUGCUGAAAUAUGAUUGCCCCAUGGACACUGUUGGGAAUAGGGACACAGACUGGGUGGUAGUAAAGGAUCCUAUCAUCAAGCUGGCAGCCAUAGACAAUGGCCUGGCCUUCCCUCUCAAACACCCAGACUCCUGGAGAGCCUACCCGUUCUACUGGGCGUGGCUCUCCCAGGCCAAAGUUCCUUUCUCCCAGGAAAUCAGAGAGCUGGUCCUGCCCAAACUCUCUGACCCUAAUUUCAUUAAAGACCUUGAAGAGGACCUCUACGAAUUAUUCAAGAAAGACCCCGGUUUCGACAGAGGACAGUUUCACAAACAAGUCGCUGUAAUGAGGGGGCAGAUCCUGAACUUGUGCCAAGCCCUGAAGGAUGGCAAAACACCCCUCCAGUUGGUCCAGAUGCCUCCAGUAAUUGUGGAAACAGCCAGAGCGCCUCAGAGAGCUAACAGUGAGUCCUACACACAGAGUUUCCAGAGCAGAAGACCCUUCUUCACCUGGUGGUAGGAAAGGAGCAGCCAAGAGGAGGACGAACAGCAGGAAAGCCGGCAUGUCCAUGUGUGGAUGGAAGAGAGGACGGAAUGGAAACAGAAAUAAUCAUUCUCCCCUCCUCUCCUCUCCUUAUGGAUACUUUGGUUGCAAAGACUGAGUGAGUGGGUGGAGAGAUGAGGCCAAAAGAGGAAGAAUUUCACAACACAUCUUCCCUGUUUGCCUCCGUGCCUUGUGUGGACGUCAAGAAUUUACACCUAAAUGAUGAAGAUUCUGUACCUUCCUGCAAGUGAGAGAGAUUUCAGUGAGAUGUCAGACAUUUCAGUUGGACUCCUGGGUGCAAAUAUACUCACCCACACAUGCACGCCAGUCAGAAGCCUCUCAUGCUUGAUUUUUGGAUGGGAGGUGUUGCAUUCCAUGUUGUUUUUCGUUGGUUUGUUUUGUUUCUUUUUCAUUUUUUUCACUACCUUUCUGCCUUUUAAUAUUCACCUGCAGAUUCCCUCCCAUGCUGUUAAAAGCCUGGGGCUGGUGAAAGCAGUGGUGCCACUAGUGAUGAUCCGCUUUUUAUUUUUUUAACAAAAAAGGAGAAGUGUUCAUUGUGGUUAAGUUAGAAACUGGACACUAAGUGGUGUGUAUGUCUCACCACACUUGAACACAAGCCCCGUGAACUGGUUUCACAGUCACUCGUUGCUCCUCCUAACUGUUUAGAAUAGGAUCAACAAGUCAUCAGAGUGAUGUCAGAGAGCAGAGACAAAUUGUUUGUUUAACUAAGUGCAACUGGCUCGUCCAAUUUUUCUUCUCACUCAUGAGUUAAAUCAAUGGUGAAGAAGACAAAAUUAUCCCAUCUGCAAGCAGGCAGAAGGGGGGGCUGGUGGGUUUCUUAGCCCACAAGCUCCUGCUUGUCUCGGCCAUGUUGAUAGAUACAAUUUAUGUUAAUUAUUUCUGACUCGUGGGGUGGACGCAAGUAAACAACAAAGUAACUUCCUGCUGUACUGAACUGAAAUGUAUUGUGACAAUGCACUGUAUAAUUUGUAUGUAAUAUUUAAUGAUAGAUUAUAAUUAAAACAUAUUCCAUUAA